CUCCUUUCAACAAACCUCACAAGAUAGGAAAGAGACAGGCUUCUUGCAAGAUGUCUCAACCACAGGGUGCUCCAGCUUCUCCUACACAGAGCCGGGGCAAAAAGAGCCUUCUUGUGUCUGAUCCACCCAAGUUUGACCUGGAGUCAUAUCUUGCAAACUACAAAGGACGAACCCGUCUCGAACGCCUCAUACUCAUCGGCACAUGCUCCUCCUACCUUGGAGUUGAAGCUCUCAAGCUGGCUGUGAAAGAAGCUAAGAAGGGCAAAGACAUCAAGCGGUAUCUCGAAGCUCAGAACCACCUCGAAACGGUCGGCCCGCAAGAGCGCGAAGCUGCACGAGACAAGGUAUGGAUGGACAUGACUGAGAAACAGAAUCAGGCAGAGACGCAACGUCUAGAAGCUGAAUUGAAGGGGUACAAGAACAAUCUCAUCAAAGAGAGCAUUCGGAUGGGCAAUGAAGAUCUUGGCAACCACUACCAAGCUAUCGGCGACCUCCCAAGAGCUUUCGAUUCGUUUAGCCGUAUGAGACAGGACGUUAGUAUGGCCAAGCACAUCAUAGAUAUCAGCAAGCAUCUCAUCGAAGUUGCUGUCGAACAGAAAAACUGGGUUGCCGUCUCUUCAAACGUACAGAAGAUCAAGGGGGUUAUGGUUCCGGCAGAUGAGGACAGAACCCUUCAGCCAUACCUUUGCGCUACAGAUGGAUUGGCACUUAUGGACUCUGGAGAAUACUACAAUGCUGCUCUACGAUUUCUGCAGACCGAGGCUGGGAUGGGCACGACCUGUAACAGCAUUAUCAGCCCCAACGAUAUUGCGGUCUAUGGUGGCCUCUGUGCUUUGGCAACAAUGGAACGAAACGAGCUGCACACCCAAGUGCUCGAGAAUACCAACUUCCGUACAUAUCUCGAACUCGAGCCUCAUAUUCGACGAGCCAUCACCUUCUUCGUAAACAGCAGAUACUCAGCCUGUCUGGGCAUCCUCGAAGCAUACCGCACUGACUAUUGGCUGGAUAUCCACCUGCAGAAACAUAUCGAUGAUCUCUAUCACCUAGUUCGGAGCAAGAGUAUUGUCCAAUACUUCAUCCCAUUUUCUUGCGUAACUCUCGAUAGCUUGAAUGCUGCUUUCAUGCCACCAGGCAAGACCAUCGACAAGGAGCUCGCCAUGAUGAUCCAGCGCAAAGAUCUUGAGGCGAGAAUUGAUACCCAGAACCGACUCCUUACUUCUGUCCCCUCCGCACCCCGCUCCGCCCUCCAAGCCAACACCCUCGAAACUGCGAAGGAGUAUGAGCGUGAAGCCCACCGCCGAAUCCAACAUAUGAAUAUAGUCGCCGCCGACUUGGAGAUCAAGGGCGGAAAGCGAAUGGGAUUGGCACCAAUCGAUGAUAUGUUCGAUGAUGGACGACAAUUACGCUCUAGAAACUCAGGCGCCAACGUAUAUCCCGGAGGCUUUUAA